AUGAGCGAUUCGUCUGCCGCUCUUGCAUUGGUCGAGACGGCCUCCAGUGCCCAUCACGUGUACAGCGGUGCCCCAGCACGCAAGUCUGUCCUCCUUGCUCAUUGUGUUGUGACCAAGACAAUCAACCCUACCGUCAUGGACGAAGACAUGGAAGUUCCUAAUGACUGGAAGACUUCUAGUGUUUCAUCGGACAACAUCGGCCACAGAGAGGAAGGCCGCACAAUUGCUGUACACAGCCUUGCGGUCCUGCCAUCUCUCCAGAACCGUGGACUGGGUUCGACUUUGCUGAAGGCAUUUAUUCAGCGAAUGGAAUAUGUCCAAGCCGCUGACAGAGUCGCUUUGCUUGCUCACGGUGAGCUUGUCAAGUUCUAUGAGAAACUGGGCUUCCAGAACAAAGGUCCCAGCAAGGCAACAUUCGGCGGAGGCAACUGGGUUGACAUGGUAAGUUCACCUACCGAGAAUAACUAUCCAGUAUACUAA